CCGGCCGUCAGCACCAUGGACAGCGGCCCCGGCCCCGGGAACGCCGGCAACUGCACGGAUCCUUUCGUGCGCUCCGCCAGUUGCGCGGCCGCAGCCCCGAGCCCCGGCUCCUGGGUCAACUUGUCCCACUCGGAGGGUAACCUGUCCGACCCGUGCGGCCCAAACCGCACCGAGCUGGGCGGGGGCGACAGCCUGUGCCCUUCCAGCGGCAGCCCUUCGGUGAUCACGGCCGUCACCAUCAUGGCCCUCUACUCCGUGGUGUGCGUUGUGGGUCUCUUCGGAAACUUCCUGGUCAUGUACGUGAUUGUCAGAUACACCAAAAUGAAGACUGCCACCAACAUCUACAUCUUUAACCUUGCCCUGGCAGAUGCCUUGGCGACCAGUACCCUGCCAUUCCAAAGUGUCAAUUACCUCAUGGGAACAUGGCCGUUCGGAACCAUCCUCUGUAAGAUAGUGAUCUCCAUAGAUUACUACAACAUGUUCACCAGCAUUUUUACCCUCUGUACCAUGAGCGUUGAUCGCUACAUUGCAGUCUGCCAUCCCGUCAAGGCUCUGGAUUUCCGUACUCCCCGCAAUGCCAAAAUCAUCAACGUCUGCAACUGGAUCCUCUCUUCAGCCAUUGGCCUGCCCGUUAUGUUCAUGGCAACGACAAAAUACAGGCAUGGUUCCAUAGAUUGUACACUAGCAUUCUCUCACCCUACCUGGUACUGGGAAAACCUACUGAAAAUCUGCGUUUUCAUCUUUGCCUUCGUCAUGCCCGUCCUCAUCAUCACGGUGUGCUAUGGACUGAUGAUAUUACGCCUCAAGAGCGUCCGUAUGCUCUCUGGCUCCAAAGAAAAAGACAGGAAUCUUCGAAGAAUCACCAGGAUGGUGCUGGUGGUCGUAGCUGUGUUCAUCGUCUGCUGGACUCCCAUUCACAUUUACGUCAUCAUUAAAGCCUUGAUAACCAUCCCAGAAACUACUUUUCAGACUGUUUCCUGGCACUUCUGUAUUGCCCUAGGUUACACAAACAGCUGCCUGAAUCCAGUCCUUUAUGCGUUUCUGGAUGAAAACUUCAAACGAUGCUUCCGAGAGUUCUGUAUCCCAACUUCCUCCACCAUUGAGCAGCAAAACUCCGCUCGAAAUCGUCAGAACACUAGAGAUCAUCCCUCCACAGCCAACACGGUGGAUAGGACGAACCAUCAGAUCAGAGGCCCAAUAUCAAACCUUCCCAGGGUGUCUGUAUUCUGA